AUGCCGGAGGCAGCUCCUACCACAGGCAUUUUCACCUGCAAGGAUGCGCCAAUUGAGAAUCACCGGCCACUCAAGAUCCGAGUGAUCGGCGCGGGAAUCGCAGGGGUUUAUUUGGGGAUCCGCAUCCCGCAAAGACUGCGCAAUGUCGACCUGCAGAUCUACGAAAAGAACACGGGCAUAGGUGGCACAUGGUGGGAGAACCGGUAUCCCGGAUGUGCCUGCGACAUUCCGUCCCACUCAUACCAGUACAGCUUUGAGCCAAACAAGACGUGGUCCGGCUUCUAUGCACCGUCACAAGAGAUUUGCGGCUACAUCCAGCGAGUGGCAGACAAGUACGGGGUGCGUCGGUUUGUGAAACUCAGCCACAAGGUCAUGAGCUGCGCCUGGGACGACUCCUCGAAGAAAUGGCACGUCACCGUGGAGAAGGCAGAUACCGGCGAAGUGUUUGAGGAAGAGGCGGACAUUGUGGUCAGCGCACGGGGCAACCUGAAUGACUUCAAGUGGCCUGAUAUCAAGGGCUUCGGGACCUUCAAGGGCAAAACGAUGCACUCUGCGUCAUGGGAUGACAGCUACGAUUUCCGCAACAAAAAGGUCGGAGUUAUCGGAGGGGGGUCGAGCUCAAUCCAGAUUGUGCCGGUGCUGCAAAAGAUCGAGGGCAUCCAUUUGAGCUGCUUCAUCAGGAGCAAGGUGUGGAUCUCGAAUCGGUUUGGCGACCAUCUGAUGACGCAGAUGGGCCUGGAUCCGAACCGGCUAGAGUUCACAGAAGAACAGCUGAAGCAGUUUCAAGACCCGGCUGCGUACCGAAAAUUCCGCAAGCUGGUGGAGGACGACGGAAACAUGGUGCACUUCUCGUCCAAGCAGGGAUCGGAUAUGCAGAAGAUGUUCAUGGACACGUUCUCGGCCAUCACCAAGGAGCGGCUGGCGAAGAAACCAGAGCUACUAUCGCACUUCUCGCCGCCGUUUGGCGUUGGCUGCCGGCGGCUAACACCUGGGCCGGGCUAUCUGGAGGCGCUGGUGGAAGACAAUGUUGACUGCAUCACGGACGAGGCGGCAGCGAUAGACGAAACCGGCGCCGUGAUGACGAGCGGUCGCCACAUCGACCUGGACGUCGUCUGCUGUGCGACCGGUUUCAACACGUCAUCGGUGCCGCCCUUUCCGGUGACGGGACGCCAAGGUGUCACGCUCGCAGACAAGUUCUCAACCUACCCGCAAACGUACCUCUCGCUCGCCAUCGACGACUUCCCAAACUAUUUCUUGAUGCUCGGCCCCAACGCCAGCACCGGUGCCGGCUCGCUCACCGUCGUGCUCGAGGCACAGGGCGAUUACGUCAUCAAGUGUGCCCGCAAGCUGCAGAAGGAGGAUUAUGUCAGCAUGGAGCCCAAGGCCGCUCGCGUGCGCGACUUUAGCGAUUACGUCGGCAACUACUUCAAGUCCACCGUCUACGUUGGCGCCUGCAGAAGCUGGUACAAGACCGAGGGCGGCAACGGCGGUCGCAUUUCCGGGCUGUGGCCGGGCAGCAUCGUGCAUAUGAUGGAGGCCUUGCGGGCGCCACGAUGGGAGGACUACGAGUGGGAGAGCCGCGAGGAGAACCGUCUGCGCUGGCUGGGUAACGGCCUGACCGAGGCCCUGCUACCGGGAGGCGACCCUAGCUGGUACCUCAAUGAAGAGGAGAUACAAGUGCCGCCCGAAGGCAAACCGGAGGACGAUCCGAGAUACAAGUCCAGGCCGUUUUCGCACUAA